GAACUAACUAGUCUGGACAGUUGGUACAGAUCGCUUUCGAGAGCAUUUUCACAGGGUUGGAGCCAUCAACCCUCGACAAUCAAGCUAGAUAAAGGGUCCACUCAGGAUUGCAAAGUCAUCCCAAUUAGGUAUAAUGUGCAAAGUAUAGUGCAAAGUCCUAAUUAUAUCCCACUAUAUCUAUGGUUUAUAUACCUAUGGGUACACCUAGUAAUUCCUAUGGGUAUAUACCCAGAAUUAGCUGUUUCCUCUAGUUGGGUAAGGUGCUAA